AGACAUAAAAACAUAAUAACUAGGGUGGUAUAAUGUUGUGCAGUCGGAUCCCUUUGAGCUCCUUUUCACAAACAUACAAGUUGCAGCUAACGUGUUUGUCCCGAGCGAAAACCGUUGCAAAGUCCAGUGUUUUGUCUGGUGUUAGUCUUCCUUUUUGGAGUUUUGCUACUUAUAAAAUGCAGUUUAUGUUAAGAAAGUUGGAGUGGACAAAACAUUUGUGAGGUAUUUUGCAAAUGCCAGACAAUUCAUUGGUGCAAGGCGAAACUGGUUCUUGUUGCGGACUAAGAGUAAAGUGGGAUGACACUGGGAGUCAAUUCUUCCCCAGUGUCAUAGCAUCUUAAUGGUAAUUGUAAGUUGUUGAGAGCUGUCCACAGGGGGGCAAAGGUCCAUUACAAUGAAGAGAUGUCAGCUUAGCCAUUGUUUCUUUUAGUCCUAAAUGCGACUCUGACAGCGAUGUUGAUUCUGACAGUUUUUACAUUCAUUACAAGCGUCAUUAGCAGAGUCAUUAACCCUGAGAGGAAAUAUUGACCACUGACUGGAGACCCUUAUCCGUUCUUAGAAUCUAGUAAUAAAGCUUGUAAAUAGUGACUACAAAUGUAAGUUUGUAAGAACAUAAGUGUGGAUAAUGUUAAUUACAUUGUGGUUCUUAUCCAGCAAAACAUUGGGCUUAUACUCCUGCUUUCUUUACAAUUUAAGUAAAUGCAACAAUGUACUUUAGAUAAGUGUGUUAUCUUGCCCCCACACAGAUUUGCAUACAGCAAUCGUCGAUGUUGUACACAUAAUAAAAGAAAGGGCAGCCAGCUGAGGCAUUAGUGUAAGAACCAAAGACGAGAUACUAAAUGUUUCUGUCUGAUACGUCCUGUCUGACACUCAGACCAUGUAAAUUCAAAACUACAAUGGAUGAAAACAUUGAAUACUAAUUAUUUAGUUAGAGAAUUAGUUAAAUUAUAACCAGCCUUGUCCCUACGGCUCACACUUGAUCGAAAUACACAAAAACUGCAAUAAACGAGUUCCACAUGGGCACUGAAAUCCCCAAAUAAAUAAAAAAUAAGUGUGAAAAUAAAUCAAAGUCAAAAGUUGUUUGCAGUGCAAUAACAUAAGACAUAUGUAGAAUAGCAUCACGUGUGUAAUCUUGAAGCUGAUGGUCUACAGCAGCAAGAAGACCACACCGGUCGCGACUCUUGUCUAGUGAGAACAGGAAAGCAAGUCUAAAAUUCACACAGUGUCAAACAUUUAGCGGUGACAAAUAUGGAAAACUGCUGCCUGGUAAUGCAAGUUUCAAUUUCAGCCGCACCAUUCAGAUGGUCAGGAAUGGUCAGAAUUUGCAGUAAACACCAUAAAAGCAUAUUCUAAUGGCUACUUACAGAAAAAAUAUUCACCAUCUCACUCAGGUGAGCACUUUUGACAUGUAGUGGAAUGUGAAAUUUGUAUUAUGGAUGUAAAUCAGAUAGAUCUGUGACGCUGUCAUUUCAGUGUGGAGAAAAGUCUCAGACCAAUGUUUCUUUCUCCCUGCUGAAUCUAUAUGAAAGACGAUACAAAUGCAGUUUUUUUUUUUUUUUUAGCAAACAUAUAUGUACUUUCACACGUAUGCUGGAAACGAACCACUGACAGCAGAGUGAACUUGCCAUCAGUGGUAUAAGAAGUAAAAUGUGUAACAUCCUAUCUCGUCCAACAUAGAAUAUUACAUACAAAGCUCUCAACAAAUCUUGACACUGCAACAGAAAUAUAGAGAGCAAGCAUUUUUCUUUGCCUGAUUGUGCUUGGAAGAUUAUUUAUUAUGUAUGAUGGAUGUGGUUAUACUGUCUCCACGGCCAAUUCAAUAAGCAGGUCUUAAUAUUUCUGUAACUGGUCCAAAAUGGGCUCGAUGAAAUAAAAAUAUUGCCCACUGUUGCUCUGACUGAUAGUCAGGGUUUUAGGAAUAUAAAAGCUUUUGGUAAUUUAUUUAUUUAUUUUUCAUUUUCAUAUCCUUUUCAUAAAACGUUAACCCCAUGCAGAGUAAAGGAUUAUGUUGGCUGAACAAAUCCUGCGGCCAUUGUUUGCAGCUCUGGAUUUACAAGCUGCUGUCGAUGCUAGGCCCAGAAUCAAUUGUAAAUAUUACGUAAAGUUAUGAAAUCACAGUUUGAUGUUAAGCCAGGGGCCCCGUGUGUUAAAACGGCACAGGAAUGGAAGGGAUUCUCUAAAAAGAAAUGUAUAAAAUGCUUGGAACUUCCAUUUUGUUUGCCCCGAUUUUAAAGGGCUGUCCUUUCAGAUGCCAAAUGGGACAAAGUCCAAAGGAAGCCUGCUCUGCUGCAGCAGAAUUUACAUACGGAGCUAAAGUUCUUCGAGAGAACUCUCCUGUGGCCAAAGAACUCACAACUGUGUGCGACAGCGACAGAGCUUGUGGACGCGGUUUCUCGUGUGAUCGUCACUUUGGUCUCUGUGUGCCUUUACGUGGAGAGGGUCAGUACUGUCGGAGGGACACUCAGUGUGUCCGUGGACUCCUCUGCAUGUUUGGGAAGUGUCACCGCAGCAUUCCCAAUGGACAAGAGGGCUCCAGGUGUAAAGCUGACAGAGACUGUGGGCCUUCGAUGUGUUGCGCUCGACAUCAUGGCGAGACGGUGUGCAAAAAGCGCCUGGCUCGCAAAGAGAGUUGCUAUGUUCCCGAUGGCGGCCUGGCGUUCAGCAUCAACCAGAUCUGCCCGUGCAAGGAAGGUCUGCUGUGUCGGGAAGACGGCAGACAGAACCGCAGAGAGAGGGACUUUACCUAUCAACCAGAACGGACGAGAUGGACCUGCCAAGGGUCCAAACCUUAACAUAAGGCCUCCAGAUUAAAUCUAUUUAUUAUGUAAAUAUGAUGUGUACAGAAUAAAUGUUUGUAUUUCCAUGUGCUGUUUUGAAAGAUGCCAUUAGAUUAAUGUAGUGAAUAUCUAGAAAAGCACUACUCUGCUCUGUGUAGCUGGGUUGAACUAGGCUUCAGUCUCAUAAAACAUCUUCUUUGUGUAUUUAGUGAUGUUUUCAUUGGGAAAAAAAAAAAAAAGUGUGGUAUGUAUUUGUAAUCAGACCCCGAUUAAAUAUUUUGUGGAAAAACUUUUCGUGACAGA